AAUCUAAUCUUCAAAGAUUGGAAAUGGAGAAUGAACAAUUUCUAUACAAAGACAUUGGAUGCUGGCUUAGACGCGUAUGAACAUCCUUUUCAAGAGAUGCCCAAACAUGACUGGAAGUAUAUGAUCGAUCGUGUAUUCAAGGAUCCAAAUCGAGAGGCCCGCAAAAAAGCUGGCAAAUUAAAUAGGGAGGUUGUACCGUAUGGUCAUACUACGGGCUCUCGAUCCUUUGCUACCGUGAUGACUAUUGCGACUGAUCGUGAAGAGCAAAGAAUUGCCAAUGAGGGAAAUGAUGCUGCUGGAAACGACAAUGAGCCAAACAGUAAUGAGGGGAGCGGUAAUGAGGGACGAAAGAAGCUCGAUAUAUGUGAUUUGUUUGAGGCAUCACAUAGAUUGAGAGAUACAAACGAAUGGAUCAAUUCAAUAUGCAAAGACAAACAUGAGAUGAUGGUGGCAACACGUGACGAGGCAGCUCUGUCUGGCACUCCACUAUCAGCUGAAGAACUUUCAAUAAAGUGCCUCGGGGAGUCGAAGACAAAGAACUACAUAAGAGGAUUAGGGAAUGGGCCAAAGCCAUCUACCUAUCUUUCCAAAUUCAACUCACAGUCAGCAUGCCAGAACCAGCUGCAAAAACUUCAAUGUGAGUUGGAUUUAAUUCGUGAAAAGCAAAGAAGAGAGAGGGAAGAGGAGAAGACGCGAAGGGAGGAGGAACAAAGACGACACGAGGAGGAACAAAGACGACACGAAGAGGAACAAAGACAACGUGAGGACAAGUAUGAGGAGGAUAAAAGGCGGUGGGAGGAGACACAAAGGCGACAAGAUGAGGAGCGGUCUAUAUUUCUAAAAGAGAUGGAGGUAUUCAAAAGCUUUAUGAGCCAAAUGCAAAAUGGUGGGCGAGGCAACAUGGGAGCAGGGUGAUGGUGGCUCAAAUAUAUGGUAAGUAAUUUGAGAAUAU